ACUAAAUUAAGCGCGUCGCCAAAAGUUCCGUGAGCUUUCCGUCGCCUUUUUGCCUGCUACUGUACGGAUCCGUAACGUUAUUAGAGCUCCUAAAAAAAAGGGCCCGGCCAUUGAGAGUUCACUGACGGACUGUAGCAUUUCUGCGACAAACCAGAACUUCGCUUCACUUCACUCCAGCCUUUUCCCUCUCUCCCCUCCCCACGGUCGCAGAGUUUCGUCGCAUUUCUUGACCUUGACCGAGCCGCUUUAUUUGCAAUCAUUCUUCUCCCAUCGUCGACGACCCUUCCGCAUCUCGAUAUCGACAAAGCCGCUUCGUCACCAUGGUCCAAAUCAGUGAAGUCAAGGGCAACAAUCGCGAAAACCGCACAGCGGCGCACACCCACAUCAAGGGGCUGGGACUCAAGUCAGAUGGCACAGCCGAGAAGCAAGCCAGCGGCUUCGUCGGCCAGGCCGGCGCCCGAGAAGCUGCUGGCGUUGUUGUCGACUUGAUCCGAGCUCAGAAGAUGGCAGGCCGCGGUGUGUUACUGGCAGGAGGACCCGGCACCGGAAAGACGGCACUCGCGCUCGCGCUCAGCCACGAACUGGGAACCAAGAUACCCUUCUGCCCCAUUGUUGGCAGCGAGAUCUACUCGACCGAAGUCAAGAAGACCGAGGUCCUCAUGGAGAACUUCAGAAGAGCCAUCGGCCUGAAAGUCCGCGAAACAAAAGAGGUCUACGAGGGCGAGGUCACCGAGCUCACUCCCGAGGAGGCAGAGAACCCCCUGGGUGGCUAUGGAAAGACCAUCAGCACCCUGCUCAUCGGACUCAAGAGCGCAAAGGGCCAGAAGAAGCUCCGACUAGACCCCAGCAUCUACGAGGCCAUUCAGAAGGAGAGAGUCACGGUUGGCGAUGUCAUCUACAUCGAAGCAAACACGGGCGCCUGCAAGAGAGUGGGAAGGUCAGAUGCCUAUGCGACCGAGUUCGAUCUCGAGGCCGAGGAAUAUGUGCCCAUCCCCAAGGGAGAGGUGCACAAGAAGAAGGAGAUUGUCCAAGACGUCACCCUGCACGACCUUGAUGUUGCCAACGCCCGACCCCAAGGAGGUCAAGAUAUUAUGAGUAUGAUGGGUCAGCUCAUGAAGCCCAAGUUGACCGAGAUCACCGACAAGCUGCGCAGCGAAAUCAACAAGGUUGUCAGCAAGUACAUUGAUCAAGGUGUCGCAGAGCUCGUUCCCGGCGUUCUGUUCAUCGAUGAGGCCCACAUGCUCGACAUUGAGUGCUUUACAUAUUUGAACAAGGCGUUGGAGACUUCCAUCUCUCCGAUUGUUGUUCUCGCGUCCAACCGAGGCAUGUGUUCCAUUCGUGGCACGGACGGCACCGUCGCUGCUCACGGCAUUCCUCCGGACUUCCUUGCCCGUUUGCUCAUCAUCCCCACUACGCCCUACAAUGCCGAUGAAAUCAAGAGGAUUGUGCGCAUCCGGUCCACCACCGAAGGCGUUGCUAUCACCGAUGCCGCGAUUGAUAAGAUCGCCGAGCACGGUGUUCGAAUUAGUUUGAGAUACUGCCUGCAAUUGCUGACCCCUGCAAGCAUUCUUGCUCGCGUAAAUGGCCGCAGCCAGAUCGAUCUGAAAGAUGUCGCCGAGUGCGAGGAACUAUUCCUUGAUGCACGCCGCAGCGCAAGCUUACUGAGCGGCGAGACGGGACGAGGCUACCUCAUAUAAAUUCUUGUUGUUUUGUUGGUGCUUGUCGAUGGAACCGUCCGAGACAACGGGCGGGAAGGAGCCUCAUCAAAAUUUGCCCACCACGACACAAAAGCCUACUAAUGUAUUAUGCGAAUAAAGGGAAACCUGGUUAUGGAGAGUAAAAAUUGGUACGGUGUUUCGGAGUCUAAUGCAUAGUUGUUGCGUCGUUGAGGACUGGCUGUCCGCUCAAUAAACGCAUUUUGGUCUGUUGCUCGCGGUGCACCAGAGACAUUCAUGGACGUCCCCAACCAUAAUUUGAACAAUCAAGGGUGACAAUACAUAAUUGAUGGCUGGCAAAUAUCGUCUGAAAAUUAUCCCUUUGUCGCCAGAUGCCAGGCGGCGAACAGAGCUAGAGCAUACCACGCCGUUUAUUCCUAGGAGCUGGCAUUCCUCUGAGAUCAUGAAACGAACAAACCCCAAUACUG